AGCUGCUGCCUUCGGCAGUAUAGGCAUGUGAUUCGUGCCAAAGCAGCGCAUUUACGUAAACGUUUCCAUGCCAACUUCAAAGAAGACUGAAGAUCAGGUCAGCGAUGUCAGGUCACUGCUUCAGCCUAAGGCAGGAACGGACACGGCCGUCUUCAGACUCCACUAAUGAGGCGUCGACAGCGCGACUCGGGGCAUCCCAUCGGCGCUGGCAUCCAAGCAGCAGCUCCGCGUUCUGGUGCGAGAGUUCGCCCGUGAAUGCACGGCCAGCCGAUCGCGCAAGCGCGCGGCAGGCCGGAACAAGCGUGAAAAACGCGCGUCUCCUCUUUGUCUCUACGCCUGGAUCGGCGAAAUGGAUGGCGGUAGAGGUUUGCGCGCCUGAUUGCGGAAUGUCGGUAGAAAUGUCGGUAGACUUUACUCACACGUCCACGAAGACGUAGAACAAGUUGUGGUGUCCCUGGGAGGACCAAUUUUCGAUGUAGUCUAUCCAGCAUUUUGCGGGGGUAGUACGCUCAGUGGCACGUGGCAAAGGCAGCCAGGGUCAAUUUCUUCAGAGGUUUUGGCAAUUUAGCUGUUGCUGAGGUCGGUGUGGACCAAGUGAUCUCUUUAGAGAACUCGCCCCCAAGCCAAGUUCUUUUGUUGGUCCUUCGUUGAUCGAUGACGAGCAAGCCCGCCGCUAUCAGUCACCAAUUUCAGUGAUAAAAGCUAUAAAGGCUGGGACAACGAGUGGAGAGAGGUUGCUUAGUGUGGCCGUCGUGACUUGAUCCGUGACGGAUGCAAGACACCAGAAGCGCAUGUAACGACAAGACCGAGAUGGGCGUCGAAACCGCUCAUCCGAGUGCUGAAAUCUCAUCCACGUGGAUGCACUUCAGCUCAGCGUGCUGCUCUUGAUGGCAAUUUUUGUUUUUGAGGCUUGCAAGAGUGCUGCGACUUUGUUAUCACCCGGUAACUUACCACUGGUAAGAUACAUACAUAGGACUGGAAGUGUGAUGAACGCCCACUGUUGCUAUUGCGGAGGCACUGCUCAGUGUGUAUGGUAUCCGCUCAGAUACUUGUUGGUCGUCAAACGCGUUUUGGUGCGUCUGUUCGCUUGUUCCUCACACUUUUCUCCUUGAAGCUGUCUGUGCAACGUCUUUAGCCAAUCACGCCGGUCGAAAAAUAAAAUAAAAAACACGAACCCCAAGAGCCAACAUUAAACCAACGGUA